AUGCUUCGAUUUGCAAUCUUAGCACUCACCAUUUCCACCAUAGCGGUGGUUACAGCUCAAGUCCCACCAGAGAAACAAUUCAGAGUCGUAAACCAAGGCGAAUUCGGCGAAUACAUCACCGAGUACGACGCGAGUUACCGAUUCAUCGAAUCACCGAACGCGAGCUUCUUCACAUCCCCAUUCCAGCUCCUAUUCUACAACACCACCCCAAGCGCCUACAUCUUAGCUCUCCGAGUCGGACUCAGGCGCGACGAGUCCACCAUGCGUUGGAUCUGGGACGCAAACCGGAACACUCCCGUCGGAGAAAACGCCACCCUCUCACUCGGCCGCAACGGCAACCUCGUCCUCGCCGAGUCAAACGGACGAGUCAAGUGGCAGACUAACACCGCCAACAAAGGCGUCACCGGAUUCCGAAUCCUCCCCAACGGCAACAUCGUGCUACACGACAAAAACGGCAAAUUCGUUUGGCAGAGCUUCGAUCAUCCCACCGAUACACUCCUCACCGGCCAAUCGUUAAAAGUCAACGGAGUUAACAAACUCGUUAGCCGUAAAUCCGACGUGGACGGCUCAGACGGUCCGUACAGUAUGGUGCUGGAUACCAAAGGCUUAACCAUGUACGUUAACAAAACCGGUCAGCCGUUAGUUUACGGCGGAUGGCCAGAUCACGAUUUCCGCGGCACCGUUACGUUCGCCGUUACAAGAGAGUUCGAUAAUUUAACGGAGCCGUCAGCUUGGGAGCUUCUCCUCGAACCGGCACCGCAAACCGCUAACCGCCGGUUACUCCAAGUCCGACCGAUCGGAAGCGGAGGCGGGACUUUAAACCUGAACAAAAUCAACUACAACGGGACGAUUUCGUAUCUGAGACUCGGAUCCGACGGAAGCUUAAAGGCCUUCUCGUACUAUCCUCCGGCGACGUAUCUCAAAUGGGAAGAGAGCUUCUCUUUCUUCUCCACUUACUUCGUCCGUCAAUGUGGCUUGCCGUCGUUUUGCGGCGAUUACGGUUACUGCGACCGCGGGAUGUGCAUCGCCUGCCCCACGCCGAAAGGACUGCUCGGGUGGAGCGAUCAGUGCGCGCCGCCCAAAACGACGCAGUUUUGCAGCGGAGGGAAGGGUAAAACCGUGAAUUACUAUAAGAUCGUGGGCGUCGAGCAUUUUACUGGGCCGUAUGUGAAUGACGGACAAGGCCCAACGUCGGUGAGCGAUUGCAAGGCGAAAUGCGAUCGUGAUUGCAAGUGUUUGGGUUACUUCUACAAGGAGAAGGACAAGAAGUGUUUGAUUGCUCCUCUUCUUGGUACACUCAUCAGAGACGCCAAUACUUCUUCUGUUGCUUACAUCAAAUAUUAG